AUGGUGGUGCAACAAAAUGCUCCCACGCGUACGCCAUUGGGCGAGCGAGCCGUGCCUCAGCGCAGCGUCAUCCACGGCACGUCUACACCCAGCAAGGAGGGCUUUGGCGUGCGCCAAGCCAUGAACACGCUCCGUACAUUCUGCAGCACAACCAGCCAGCACACCACGGGUGUACCUGUUGAAGGAUGUGAGGGUCUUUUUCUCUCGUCUCUUGGCGCCGAGGAUCAAUUUGGUCUGCGAGUGGCCAUCGGGGCUCCACACCAGCGCAUCUUCCUGCUGCACGCAUUUGACCCCGUGCUGUGUCCGACCGCUGAAGAGGAAGGAACCGACGAGCCUGCAGCCUCGGCGGCAAACGUCACCGCCCCUGCGACCAUUCGUCAAGUCCUUAUCAACCAGCACUCUCAAAAUGAGCGCCAGACUUUUACCGGCCUGAUUGCUGAGCGCCGUCGUGCUGGCAUGCGUGAAUAUCGCCAGUUCCUUCAUCCCUUGGCCGGGGUGCCUUUGUCCGAGGCGCGGCUUUGGAACUCGGCUGCGUCGUUGGUCCACACCCAGCAGCCGCUGGACGGCAUUUUCGUCGCCGCCAUUCAGCACGCCAGCGUCCUCUUCCUAUGCAACGAUCUUACAGGCGAAUCCGCUCGCCCCUACUCCGUGCGCCAAAAAGUACCCCGUGCCAUUUCGGCCACCAAGCUCAUGCCCAUCAAGACGCUGUACCAAGACUAUGUCCAACGCUACGAAUCCUCUGAUGCGCGCAAGACCACGAUCAGUUUUGACGUUGGCUACACCAUCUGUGGCACGGGUGUGGAAGUUGCUGCCGAGAGCGGCAUCGAGGUGCAAUACAGCUGGUCCACCGAGAGUCUUUCAUUGGACAACAACGCCCCUUUCACUGCCGAUACGCUAUUGAAGAUCCGCGCGUUGGCGGGCGACGUGCGCAGUGGCACUUACAAAUUGUACCAGGACCUCGCCGUGCUCAAGCUUCUUCUCGAGGCAAAGCAAGGCACUGAGGCCCCAGGCUUCGAUGCUGCACAGCCAUGGGGCACUCAGGCAUAUGACUUGAUGGACAUGGUUGAGGGCUUUGUGCAAAGUUUGGGCUCGGAGGAAACGACUGUACCCUACUUUGUUCCACCGCGUGCAGCCGAUGAGGAUGAUGAGACAAACAUUGGUGCAACGAUUCUGGCCGAUCGGCCAGACCUCGACUUUACCGAGAAACUCUGGAACUUUGUAAAGCAUGCAUCGAGCUACGACGAGCUACGCCAGGUGCUUGCUUUCAUGCUGAUGGCUGUUCGUCGCGGCCACGUCAACCACCCGAUCCAGCGCGGAAACGAAACAACGGCAAGUGACAUGUGCCCCACGCUUAUUGCCGCCGUGGCUUUGGAGUGCAUGCGUACUUUUCACUCUGCGGGCAAUGCUGCCAAUUUGGCAGCCAUGAUGCGAGAUAUUGCCACGCCAGCACGUCGCACGGCCGAAUGUGCUGUUGAGCUGGGUAUUUUCAAAUUGCAGCGCGACUUUAUGCAUCAUUUUAUCGGCUCGGAAUUAGCCACGGGUGCACAGCUGGAGGAAUUUUUUACGGCUGAUCAAACGCAGGAACAGCAGGUUGAGGCCUUGACCAAGCUUCUCAAUGUUUUGGAGGUCUACGUUUUGUGCAAGUCCUACCUCGACCUUCCUGUUAUCACGCUCCGAGAAAUUGUCACGGGUGCACUCGAGCACUUUCGCCAUGCACCAGCCAGUGUCAACCCUCUGUACAAGGUGGCCAUUGCCAACUUUUCGGCCGCUGCCUCACAGUUGAAGCGCAUUUGCCACGGAAUGACCCCGACCACACGCAUGGUCGUGUUUAGCGGACCCGGCCGUCCAUCCCAAGCACAUCUCUUCGUUAACGUGUUGGCCCCGGCGGAGAUGAUGGCUUUGCUUGGUACACCGCUUGAUUCCAUGGACGAAAUGCCUAUGGAGGAGGACGACCAGGCCAAAUAUUUCCACGUGGCGAUCUACGAGUAA